AAAAAGCGGCGGGCGGCGCGCAGGGGCCACAGUGUGGGGUGCGUUUGCUCAAGGAGGCACAGAAAAAAAAAAGUUAGUCGCGGAUUUUCUUUUUUUCUCUCGCUCUUGCCUGUCGUCCGUCCUGCAGCAGCAGCACCAUCCGCCGCCGAGAGCAUCAUGGCAAAUAAAGCACAGCAGCCUCCUCACCUGCACCUGGCCGAGGUCACCGCGUCCCAGUUCCUCGACAUUUGGAAACAUUUCGAUGCUGACGGUAAUGGCUACAUUGAGGGGAAGGAGCUGGAGAACUUCUUCAGGGAGUUGGAGAUGGCCCGGAGAGGAGCAGGGGUGGACCCUACAAACCCAACAUUCAGAGAAAAGAUGAAGGAGUUCAUGCAGAAGUUCGAUAAGAACAAAGAUGGACGAAUUGAGAUGUCAGAGCUGGCCCAGAUUCUCCCAACUGAAGAGAACUUCUUGCUCUGCUUCAGACAGUUUGUCAGCUCCAGCGCUGAGUUUAUGGCGGCAUGGCGGCGAUAUGACACAGACCGCAGUGGCUACAUUGAGGCAAACGAACUGAAGGGCUUCCUCUCAGACCUGCUGGAGAAAGCUAACAGACACUACGAUGACCAGAAGCUGCAGGAGUACACACAGACCAUACUCAGGAUGUUUGAUCUGAAUGGAGAUGGGAAGUUGGGCCUGUCAGAGAUGGCGAGGCUUCUCCCCGUUCAGGAGAAUUUCCUACUCAAAUUCCAGGGUGUCAAGUUGACUUCUGAGGAGUUCAAUGCCAUCUUCACAUACUACGACAAGGAUGGAAACGGCUACAUUGACGAGCAGGAGCUGGACGCUCUGCUACGAGACCUCUACCAGAAGAACAAGAAGGAGGUGGACGUGCAGAACCUGAAGAGCUACAAGGAGAGCAUCAUGAGCCUGUCCGACGGAGGGAAGCUCUACCGCGGCGAGCUGGAAAUCGUCCUCUGCAGGGAGCCGAUUGUGUGACUUCUCGUCCUCUCUUGUUGCAUAACGUCAUUUUCUCUGCCUGCCCCGCCCUUCUCCUGAGACCUCACCCACUUCCAGCUGAGUGGCAGCAUAUACCAGGUGCAUGUGCCGGACACCCCCCUUCCUCCCCCUCUCCCCUCUCCCCUCUCCCCCCAGCCAUUUCAUGAACCCCCUCCACCCCAAAAGCAACAAAUUCCAAAUGAAUGAUAAGUGCACUAUCAGCUCGUAAAUGAAUUUUUCUCAAAUUCUCCGCAGCAUCUUUUAAACCUAACUAUGGCCCAUCUGAAUCCUUUGGCUUUUGCCCCCUCAGACUUUCCUCUGAACUCUCCGAUUUUCCCACCUCAUCCCUGUUCAUGCUGUGCCUGACCAAAGCCCUCCACCGCCGCACAAGUGACCGAAUCUCUGUCCCCCGGCUUAAUUUAUUCCCCUCGCUUUUUCCAACUUUGCAUUAAUCGACUAUAUAUAGUCAAAACAAAACUGCAGGCCGAUGUGUUUGAAUUGAUCACAGUCAUAAUCUGUGACGGAGCUGAUGUCAACGUUUCCACCUCUGUUUCUCCAGAAAUCAUCAUGUUCCAUUAAAAACUCUUGUGUACCAUCGCCAUGACCUCCAUUUUCAACGUUUGUUUUUGGCUGAUACGGUCAAUUGAAAAUAUUAAUAAAAGAUAAAAUCGUC